UACACGUUGUAUGAAGGAAGCGGAGAGAAGAGAAAUAGAUCUCAUUCAUUCUCAUCCUUCCGUUUCUGUCUCACAUGACUAAGAUAUUUUAGCGGCUCUGAGUUUCUUUGCCAUUUAAUUUCUAAAAUCUCUCUCUCUCUCUCUCUCUCUCAACUUUUCAGAUAUUUUCAUUCAGCGACCCAUCAAUCAACUUAAGACAACCAACCUAGUUGUAGAUUUUGCUCACUUCUCACCAAGAUUACACAAUUUAGGGUUUUUCUUAUUGAUGCGCUUUUUGUUUUCCGUUAACCGUAGUUUGUCGUUUGAAAAUGGGUGAGGUAGCAGAGACUGAGAUGCUGAACAACCAUGUCUCUCUCCAGGAGGACUUGGUUAGCUCGGAGACCUUCCUUCCUCCGGUCAUGCUUAGGGUGUUGCUCGUUGAAGCUGAUGACUCUACUCGCCAGAUUAUUUCUGCUCUUCUCCGCAAAUGCGGUUACAAAGUUGCUGCAGUUCGUGACGGCUUAAAGGCAUGGGAGACAUUGAAGAACAAAUCAGUGAAUAUAGAUCUUGUAUUAACGGAAGUGGAUUUGCCAUCAAUAUCCGGUUUUUCACUACUUACUUCAAUCAUGGAGCAUGCCAGUUGCAAAAACAUUCCUGUCAUAAUGAUGUCUUCUCACGAUUCAGUUAGUACUGCGUUCAAGUGCAUGCUAAACGGGGCUGUUGAUUUUCUCAUUAAACCUGUUCGGAGGAAUGAGCUUAGGAACUUGUGGCAGCAUGUGUGGAGAAGGCAUACUAUUAGCAGGCCUUCUCAAAAUAUAACAUCUCCACAGACUAAACUUGACGUUGCUCCAGAAAGCAAUGCUCCAAGCAAUAAUUCUAGUGGUUCUGUGGCUUCCACGCAAAAAAAUAAUGAAUGCAGCGAAAAAACUAGUGAGACUCAAGAUAUGUCCCAGCUAAAGAGUUCUUUAAGUUUGAGCAAUACCGACAAGGUGAAGCAGGAAAGUUCUAUCAAAUUUGAAAGGGAGUCUGCUGAGUAUAACAAUGAAACUGGAGAGAAAUCAACUACAUUAGUAUCUAAAGUGGCAAGGUACGACAAAAUUUCAACAGGUUUAAGGCUAGGUCAAUGCUAUGAUCAUAGUGAAACAGAAAACCAAGAUCAAGAUGAAGUGUUAAGAACAGAGUUAAGCAAAGCCGAUCCUCAUAUCAAUAGAAAGAUUCAUCGAUGCAAUGAUGAACUAGUAGAACAUUGCACUGGAGCUAUUGACUUGAUUGCUACUAUUGAGAAUCUUCCAAAGAGCAGUUAUGCAAAUUGUAGUUUCAAUGGUGGUAACACAGCCAAGUUUGAUUUUGAUUCACAAUUGGAACUUUCUUUACAAAGAGAUUUUCGUGGCAGCUCACCCCAACCUACUACUGAGGAAAGACAUAUAUUGAAUCAUUCAAAUGCUUCUGCGUUUUCUUGGUAUGGCAGCAGUAAGUUGUUGCACCCUCUAUUUCCAUCAAAUAAUUUUCAUGAAUCACAUAAAUUAUCCCAAGAUACAAAUACUACUCAGUCUGGACAAGUCGAUGCAAAAUUGCCAAACAGUCUACUUGAAUUCUUUCCAGCCACCGGGUCCACGUUUGAUAAUAAGUCUAUAGGACAUGGUAAUGUUUUUCAUUCAAUGUUCUACAUAGAAUCACCAAAGUCAGUUUGUCAGAAAGAGAGUUCUUCAUUUCCCACAAGUAUUUCCUCCCAGUCCAAUCCUAAAAAUCAGAACUCAGAACGAUCGGAUGAUGCCACCUAUAGUACUUGUGAUCAAAACGUAAAUGAUCAAAGCACUGUUGAUUGUGCUAUGCAUAAUUCUCCAGCUAGUGGUCAAAGUAGUGGUACUAGUUUUUACCAUGAUGCGGUAAAUCAUAACGCUAGUGGUGUAUGUGAAGGCACAGGUAGCGGAAGUGAUGGAAAUGCCCCUUCUGUUGUAGGCAAUAACAACUUUGAAAGUUCUAUGAAUAAUGAUCAUUAUGACGGGCUUAGAGGCACAAAUUCUCAUCGUACCAGCCAAAGAGAAGCAGCUCUAACAAAGUUUCGGCUAAAGCGAAAAGACAGAUGUUAUGAAAAAAAGGUGCGAUAUGAAAGCAGGAAAAGGCUGGCAGACAACCGUCCCCGGGUGAAAGGACAGUUUGUUCGCCAAGUACACAGUGAACAUCCGGCAGCUGAUGCCGGAGGUUACUGAGAUUGUUUUAUUUCAAGUUACCUUCAUCAUCGAUUUACAGUCUGACUUCCAACACUAAUUUGACUCGACAAUGAUUUACUGUAGGUCUUGUGAAAUUUGUUUGAUUUUAAUUACAUUGCUAGUGUUUUCUGUCGGCUUGUUAUAUUGACUGUUUCCUAGAAGUUUAGGAUUGUAAUUAUAUAAUGAUAUUGGAUUGGUUUGUAGUUUUGAUUUUACUUCGUGUAAAUGUUGUUUCUUCUGAGUAUAAAAUGUUUUUUUUAUCGUUCAA